AUGGAGUCGGUGGGCCCAGGGAUUAAGGCCAAUGACCAAAACAAGAUCAAGCAGUUUCAUGGUGGGAUGAGAAUGGGGUUGGACUCAGAGACCCUUUUGGUCAUCAAGCUUCCUGAUCCGAAGCUCUUGCGAGUAAUCUCUCGGUCAGUUUUUCUGGCUUUGGUUUUCAUUACAUUCCCUUGUAUUGGCUCCUUUACAAGAGGUUCUAAUGGCAUUGAGUCCAACACCAAGUAUGGUGUCGUUUUCAAUCAUGAGCAAUUGGAUUUGCUUAUCCAUGAUUUGUCUGAGGAGGGUCUUAUCAGAAAGAGCGACAAGGCUCUUAUUGUUUCCCCUGGCGUUAAGAGUGUAAUUCACAGUGUUAAGAACUUUGGCGCCAAGCAAAUUGUCAUGGCAAUGGAUUCAUCUUUGGAGGGUCAAGCUCAAAGCUCAUUAGUCUUUGAUGAGUCCUUUGACUUUGUCUUCGCGUCUAAUUUAGCUACGGACGUUAAGUUUGUUGAUCACGUGGUGAAGACAGGAGGAAUUGUGGCUUUCCCAUUGAGCAAUGAUGAGCAGGCAACCAUCUUGCCGGAAAAGACGGAUUACAAGAUUGUGUAUCUUAGGCGGUAUUCGUCCACCAUUGUGGCCAUGAGGAAGAUCAAAACUCGCGCUGUUGAUGAAACGUCAGUUGUGAGUUCUUUCUCUAAGAGACACCUUCUCCAAUCAGCAACUGAGGUCAAUAAAGCGGAAGCUUUGAAAGAAUUAGAAGAAGUGUUGCUUGAGCCGCCGAGAAGGCGGCAGCUUUCCAAAGAUUUAGAGAACUACUCGAGGAAAAUCAAGUUCCUUCCACAGUUGUUGGGGGAUGAUUCUCUUGAAGGGUUUAGGCGCAGGGUGUUUGUCAAUGUGGGCUUGCCUGAACAAAGCAAGGAUGUAACUCAGUGGUUCCAUCAGAACUACCCGAAGAUGAAGCAAGAAUUCGAGGUUUAUGACCUUAAUGUGGUGCCCAAAGAAGGUACAAGCAGGUUGGCAUCAACGCAAAACGAUAUCUCGGAUUGGCUAACAAAGAAUGUGAGGGAAGAAGAUUAUGUUGUGAUAAAGGCAGAAGCAGAUGCGGUGGAGGAGAUGAUAAACAAGAGGACAAUCCAUUUGGUGGAUGAGUUGUUCAUGGAGUGCAAUAAUCAGUGGUGGGAAGUUGGGAAGAAUAGUAAGAAUGAGAGCAAGAGGGCUUAUUGGGAAUGCUUAGCAUUGUAUGGAAGGGUGAAGGAUGAGGGAGUUGCCGUGCAUCAAUGGUGGGGUUGA